AUGAGCAGCAGCAGACGAAAAUCACGUCCCCCGAAGCGAGUGCAUUUUGAACUCGCCGCAAUCGCCGCGCAACACAUCAUCAGGGAAAGAGAACAGGAAUUAAAAAGGAGGAGAGAGGAGCAGAAAUCGUUGAUGUCGGUGACAUCGUUUAACGACGCCGUCGUCGCGGCUGUUGCUAAAUGGUGGGACGCCGCCGCCGAAGUCGAAACCGUCGAGGAUGAUUUGAGGAAAAAGGCAAAGGUGGUAAAGGUGAGGCUUUUGGAAGGAGGAGGAACCGCGAAGGGGGAGGAGGAGGAAGAAGAGAAGGAGGAUUCUUCGGACCGAUUUUGCGCGUUCGUGGAAGGAGGGAAGUGCACGACGGCGUUGCUCGAGAGAGCGGGGAAAGGAGGAGGGAUGAAAGAUGAGAACAAACGUUUGUGCAAGUUUCCGAAAGAUUUUCUUCGAUUGAGAGAGGAAGAGGACGAGGCGAACGAGGAGAUAACGGAGGAAGAGAGACGGGUGUCAAUGAAGGCGUACGCGAGGAAACGAUGCUGCAAGCGCUGUUAUAACGCGUUGUAUCGGUCGAUGCGGAAGGAGUUGCAAAUGGGGAGUAAUAAGGAUGAGAUGUUGUUGGACAAUCCUAGCGAUGAAAUAGUAAUAGCACAACAACAACAACGGAAGCCGAGCGUGAAGGAUAAAGUGUUUGCGCCGACGAGGACGUAUUUUUGCUCGCGGUGCAAUUUGGAGUGCUCGAGCCGGUAUCACUUGAGAACGCACGAACGAACGCACACGGGGGACCGACCGUACGGGUGCAACGUGUGCGGGAGGAGAUUCAAUCGACCGUACGAGUGGAAAGUGCACGUGUUGAAGCACGCGACGAACGGGCGUCACAAGGAAGUCGCGCGAGCGUUCGAACAGAACCUCGAGUUAGGCAUGGAAAAAGUAAACGGAGAUCCCGGGGUUCAAUCGUUGAGACCCCCGCUCCCGCAACGAUACUUCGACAUCGAUAAACCACCACCGAAAGAUGACGCCAACAGACCGUUUCAGUGUGCGAUCUGUUUCAAAGCCUUCGCGACUAAUUUCAUCCUAACCGCGCAUUUAAAGACGCACUUGAACGCGCGACACGUUUGCGACAUGUGCGACGCGUCGUACACGAGAAAGUUCAAGCUGCAAGCGCAUCGCGAGAAAGUCCACGGCGUCUCCUCGCACCAAGAGAGUGAUCGAAAUACAGACGGAGAAAAAGAAAGUGAAAGUGAUUCUCAAUCGUAA